AGUUUAUCACCUGCCAGGCGGUCAAUGCGGCCAUAUUUAUUUUUUAUUGAAACUAUUUUUGUUUUAUUGGACAGAACCGGAGGGAAACAAUCGCCAAACAGAUGUUCCUCAAACCCUAUAGGCCCAAGAGCAGUGCUGCUCUGAAGGGAUCCGAGAGCAAGAAGUUCCGCCAGCGCCUGGAGGCCGCCUACCCACAUGUGCCGGUGGAUCAGCUCGUGCCUGCCAAGGCGGCAGUCACCCAGCUGAAGAUCCUCACCCACGGCGGUGUCCAGAGUGUCGUCUACUGCGUGGAGAAGCAGCCGAUGUUCUUCGAGCUCGAUGGGGGCCAGCUGGUGCCCACACUCUACACACUGUGGGCCGUGCCGGACAUCCUGCCCUAUUUCACCACCCACGAGGGCGUGCUGCCCAAACUCUCCAACGGAGCGGAUCUCAUGCUGCCCGGAGUGGUGCCCCUCGGCGUGGGACUGAGCAUGUACGGGCACUACAAGAAGGGGCAGCUAAUGGCCGUCAACCUGACGAACAACAAAUCCGCCGUGGGCGUGGGCCAGUUGGCGCGCUCCAGCGACGAGCUGUACAUGUGUGGAGGGCACGGCGUGGCCGUCAAGAUGCUCCACCUUUUCGGAGACAAGCUCUGGUCCCACGAACCGAGUUUGGUGCAGCAAAUUCCGAUGGUCAAGACGAAAGCUCUCUCUGUUGACGAUUUUCCUGCACUGGGCGCGGAAACGGAAAGAAAAAAGGUCGCAACUCCCACUCCAAGUGCUCCGGUAACCUUCUCCUCGGUGGCUCAGACAGAAGAACUGGAAACGAACACGGCCGCCUUGUCGUUGGACGACCAGCAAUCCCAAGAUUCGUCGGAUGAGGAGCCCGAUGAGGACGUUUCCCCCGAAGCGAUCCUUAAAAAUGCCUUCCUCUCUGCGCUGAAGAACAAUGGAAAAAAGCUGCCACUGCCCCUGCUGACCAGUAACUUUUACCGGCUCUAUGUGGUCACGGAGGCGGCAGAGCCAAUAGACCUUAAGAAGACGCGGUAUAAAAAGCUUUCCAAUUUCCUGGCCGAGAUGGUGGACCAGGGAUUCAUUGUUGUAAGGGAGGAGAGCAAGGGAGUGGACAAGAUCAUUUCCGUCGAUCUGGAGCACCCCGAAGUGGUGAACUUUAUCACCGACGUGAAGGCGAACGAAGCGAACGGAGCGGCGUCCGAGACCCCUCUGUUCCACUCCGAGUUGAAGGAAAUGUAUGUCGUCACGGACGCAACGGCGGCCUUUUUCACGAAGCUGAACUUCAAGCGAGGCGAAGGCAUUCCAGCUGGUCAGAUCAAGAAGAUCGUGAGGGAAUACGUGAGCAAGCACGGUCUCCUAAACCCGCUGACGAAGCUGGUCCAGCCGGAUGAAACUCUCACAUCGCUUUACGGCAACCGGGAGGCGUCGCUGAGCGAGAUGUGCUCCCUGAUCACUAGCAAAAUGGAGCACUCCUACCAAAUGUGCAGUGGAAAGGACACCAGCGGCAAGCCACUUAUCCAAAUGUCGCUCGCCACGAGAUCUGGCAACAAAAAGGUCACCCUGGUGAGCAACAUCGAGGCGUACGGCAUCAUUCUGGCCGAGUUCAUAAAGCUGUGCAAGCAAGGAGCCGCCGCCAGCACCAGUGUGGUUAAGCUGCCACACCAGAAGCACGAACAGCUCCAAAUCCAAGGCAACCAGGUGCGAUUCGUGCACACGCUGCUGACCGAAACGUACAAGGUGCCGCCCAAGUGCAUCCUCGGCCUGGAGCUGGCCAAGGACGGCAAGAAGAAGCGAAAAUAGACCGGAUAAUAAAUGUAGUUCCAUCGGAAUUGUUUUUGGGUGUGU